UUGCAUAUUUUGUCAAACUAUGUAGAACAGGAAGUAUUCUUUAGAAUGGUGGGAAAUCUGAUAAAGAAGUUGGUUGUUAUACUUUUUGGGCUGAUAUUGGCCAUAUCUAUAAGAAUGAUUCUACCCUUUACAUUGAAAUUUAGUAACCUUCAAAUCGGUACCCAAAUUAUUUCCUGUAUAAGUGAUUUGACAAGUACCAUUUUCAUUUUAUCAUGUCUAUUUUUGGUCAGCACUUUCCUAGCUUACUUGACUGACGAUUGGAUUGUCUUAGGGUAUGUACCGCUACAAUUGUACGUGUUACAUUGGACGUUUGUCACAUUUUCGGAGCGAUUGGAAGCAAUGAAUAAAAGCUAUGAUACAUUUAUGGAUCAUUUGAACCAAAAAUGGCUGAGCUAUUUCAAUUACAAUGAUACCUAUUGGACUACUCUCGAAAAGACAAUGCUAUGCUGUGGACUGGAGGGACCCCGGUCUUAUAUGGACUACCUACAGAAGGUUCCAAGUCACUGCUAUAAUCCCAAACUCAUAACACUCGGCUGUAGUCACUUACAUCAAAACAUAUUUCACCCAAUGCAACAAAUAGGUUCCUUAUUGCUAAGACUAUUACUUUUUGGUGAGCUUUGCAUUUUAUUAUUUUAUGGCUUAAGGUUAUUUAAAAAGUUGCUUCGGUUAUGUGCAAAGGAAACCAAAAAGAGCUGUUAGCCAAUAAUUAUUGGUAAAUAGAAUGUUAUAAACUACACGUUUAUAGAAAAUAUAUUACAAGUAUUCAAACACCUUA